AUGAGGAAGCGCGACAAAUUUACUGGAAUACUUCCACGACCCACCACAACGAAUUUGUUGGGAAUGCACAUUACCAGGAUGUUCUUGCCCGUCACCUUGAUCUUCGCCAUGCUGAUAAUUUUAACAUACAUGCAUCUUCCUAACAGUGAUCUUGGGGUGAACAAUCUUCCGCGAGAGGAUCGAGAAGGGUUAUCGACAGGAAAAGGCAGCAAUGGAACUGAAGAGGCGGUCAAGAAGGAGAUUUCCCCGGCGGGGAAGAAGCAUCGAGACAGUGUGCGGGGCGAGAGACCUGUCUUGGAUUUCAGUCCGUCAGAACUUAGUGAACUAAUCCCCAAAGUUCGACCGCACACACAAGAUAACCUUGCAUGCACUGAGGUGAUUCAUAGAGAGGAGGCAGAGCUCAAGAAGGUUGCUCAGACUUACGUAUCAAAGACUCUGAGGAUCUGGCCAAGCGUCGGGCCAUCGUCAGGAGGAAAGCAAAUCUUCAUCCUCCCGCAGUCGCAGGAGAGCAGGAGCGAUCAAGGUGUCCACUGCCAGUUCGGCAUCGCAAGAACUCGGGCAGGCUAUGAUGCAUGGUAUGACUUGCUUGUCUGUAAUCCCACACCUAGGAUUCAUAAAGUGACGGAAGGAGAUACUUACGCAAACAUCGCGAGUCGAUACAACCUGAAUCUGGACGCCCUUCUAAACUUGAACGGCAUGAGAGCGGAAGAGGUCCGGUCAUUGAAGAACGGAGACUUGGUUGAGCUGCAAAAACAGAGGGUGCUGGUGGAGCUUGUGGACGCGAGUGGGAAAGGGUUUCACAAUGAAGAUCCGAUGCAGUACGAGUUUUACGACAUCACGGGAGGGAAUUUCCUCACUGUGUACGGACGAGGGUUCCCAACGGUGGACGGAGUUCUUUCGAGGUGUCAGAUUCGAUGCCGCCUUGGUAGCGUGACUCAGGUUCCGGCAUCGGUCAUCUCCGACUCCAAACUCUUAUGCCCCAUCGUCCCUCUACCAACCAACGAGCUGGACCGGGGGAAUCAGGAGUCCCAGCAAUCCAUCGUGCGCUCUGUGCAGGUUGGGGUUACGGCCAACGGAGUGGACUUCGAUGUAAGCGGAACGAUGCUGACAUACUACCGCAAUGUCCUUUGCGUCGACCCUGAGGACCUUGCAAGAUUCUCUGUUCCCGACAUUGCGCUGGUGGCCGUCCCUAAGUCCUUCAGGCACAUUGUUCCUGUUUCUUCAAGGACCUUUCUGAGCUUGUUGGCCCCAGAUGGAGUGAAGGAGGUUUCAGAGAGGUUCGGGUUCAAGCAUGCAGCCGACGUGGAUGUCAAUGCCCAGGGGACGCCAUUGCUGAGUAGCAUCUUCCGACGGAUGAAGGAGAUCAGUUCUGCAAAGAUCUUUAUCCUCGUCAAUGCCGACAUCAUUCUUUUCCCGGACAUCCUGGCAGUGAUCCAAUCGACGGCGAAGCGCUUCAGUGACUUCCUGAUCGUCGGCCGUCGGCACAACACAGAUUCUACCUUCCUAGGUGACUGGGUUCCUUGUGGAACGUUUGGGUCACGAGGGACCGAACCAGAGCUCGUGGAGAAGGCCAGGGAGUCUGAAGACUGGAAUCAGCUGCGGGAGCACGCCAAGCUCCAUGGCACUGAGCACACAAGAUGGGCGCUGGAUUACUUCGUCCUGACGAGGGACUUGUUUCAAAGUGUCCCGGACUUUGCUUUCGGUCGUCCUGCAUACGACAACUGGUUCGUACGAAGUGUCAUCGAGAUGGGACGACCAGUAAUAGACGCCAGCAGCCUCGUCGUAGCGAUUCACCAGGCUCACAGCUAUGCACACGUGAACGCGAAAGAGAAGCGAGAAGCUGAGAACUCGGAGGAGGAGGCGUGGAGGAAGGCUAUGAAGAAGCAGGGGAAGGAGCUUGUGCGAGAUUCAUGGGAAAAGCUGCAGAGUGAAGAGAUUCAGAAGAACUUUGCGCUGGCAGGACCGAAUGUCAAACUUGGAACGUCGGAUCACACUUCGUGGGUGGCCAUGGUCUGCGUCUAG